GUAAUGAUGAAUGCAUGCCAGGCUGAGACAUUCCACUGAGUAUGCGUUGUGAUUGAAUUCCCUUUUCUACAAAUAGAGGCCACCAUGGACCAAUAUAGCAUCCUAGGCCGCAUCGGAGAAGGAGCCCAUGGCAUCGUUUUCAAAGCCAAGAACAUAGAAACAGGUGAGACUGUUGCCCUGAAGAAGGUGGCUCUCCGCAAGUUAGAGGAUGGGAUCCCCAACCAAGCACUUCGGGAGAUCAAAGCCCUGCAGGAGAUUGAGGAAAAUCAACAUGUGGUGAAGCUGAAGGAUUUCUUCCCCCACGGCACAGGCUUUGUGCUCGUAUUCGAAUACAUGCUGUCUGACUUGUCGGAGGUGAUCCGCAACUCCGAACAGCCGCUCACCGAGGCCCAAGUCAAAGGCUACAUGCUGAUGCUGCUCAAGGGGGUGGCCUUCUGCCAUGCCAACUCUAUCAUGCAUCGGGAUCUGAAACCAGCCAAUUUGCUGAUCAGCUCCACGGGUCAGCUGAAAAUUGCUGAUUUUGGCCUGGCCAGGGUGUUCACCAGUGAUGGAGAGAGACUGUAUAGCCACCAAGUGGCCACCAGGUGGUACCGGGCUCCUGAACUCCUGUACGGUGCUCGGAAAUAUGACGAAGGUGUGGAUCUCUGGGCUGUGGGAUGCAUCUUUGCUGAACUUCUCAACAACUCCCCACUUUUCCCCGGAGAAAAUGAUAUUGAGCAGCUGUGCUGUGUCCUCCGAGUCCUUGGGACCCCAAACCAGAAGAUCUGGCCGGAGAUCACAGAGUUGCCCGAUUACAACAAGAUUUCCUUCAAAGAGAAGCUGCCAAUUCCCCUGGAGCAGGUGGUGCCCGAUGCCUCCCCACAAGCCGUGCAGCUCCUGAAACAGUUCCUGGUCUAUCCUUCCAAGCAGCGUGUGCAGGCAGCACAGGCGCUGUUGCACCCCUAUUUCUUCACUCCCCCGCUGCCUGCCCACCACUUGGAGCUGCCCAUCCCUCAGCGUGGGGGCAAAAAAGCCCACCAGGGCCCCCAGCACCAGCGUGACUUCCACGUGGAGCAGCCUCUGGAGGAGUCGGUGGUGGACCUGGAGCUUGUGGCGCCUUACGUGGUUGAUGUGUGAAAAGAGGAUCUCUUUGCUCUCCGUGGGGCAGCGGGAUUUCUGUCAGGAGAGCUAUGUUCAUCUUAAGCAGGAUUGAGCCGCUUCAUUGAACUGGCAGGAAUGGGGUGGCAGAAGUCAGAACUUGAGCAGGGGCAGCUGGCAAUGUGGACAAGGGAAACUCCUCUUGCCUGAAGUCCCCCUUUAUCCUGCCGUGAAAGAGACAGGAGCCCCGUUCAGGGCAGGAGUGGGCCAAUUCCUUAUUCCUCUGGAGCAGAGUUGGAAACCUUGGACACAAAGGGCUGCCAGGCAGGUUGGCCUUGACAGCCUCUUCUCCAUAAAAACCACCCCUUUGGACCUUUCCUUCCAGGACUUUGGGGUGCUUUUAGCUC